AUGUGGUUUUUUUCAGAGCUUUUGUACAACAAUAUUCUACUACUCUGUUGCCUUGUUGGUGGAUCAUCAACAAUGCCAAAUAACAACAAUGGCAACAACAGCAACAAUAAUAAUAAUAAUGCAGAAGACGAAUUGCACGAAGUAUGUAGCAAUCGUCCUGCAUGUGCUUCGUGCAAGCAUCAGAGAAAGAAGUGUAUUGAAGGGAACUGCGUUAUGUGGCGCCACUUUCCAGCAAGCAAGAUGGAUGAAUUCCUUGGGGUUCACAAGGUUUUUGGUAUCUCUAAUGUUACAAAAAAGAUCAAGAGCUUAGAUGAUGUUGCUCAACAGGAUGAAUCUAUCAAGUCCUUCUUGUGGGAAGCAAAGUUGUGGCAGGAAGAUCCAAUUCACGGACCUUUAGGGGAAUACAAGAAGUUGGAACAACAGCUUAAGGAGGAACAAAGGAACAAACAAUUACAAAUUGUUGAAUUGCCGGAUGUACCUCAUCUUCCACCAACAACAACAUCAGAGAGUACAACUAGGUACUUGGCCCCUUUGGCAGUAGAUGAUAAUAAUAUGGUGGCACCAAGAGAAAAUAUUGCAAAUAAUACUAAUCAUAAUCAACAAGAUUAUAAUAUGUUGAGCUCAAAUGUACCAAAUUAUACUAACCUAUUACCAUGGCAUGGACAUGAAGGAGAAACUCAAGGAAUUACUAGUAAUGGUCAUGAGUUGAUUAAUAUUGGUGGUGGCAACAAUGUGUUUGGAUAUGAUGAUUUUCCAAGUCAUUAUAAUAGACCAAUUGAACAAAUGAGAAAUGGUUUUAUACCAAGACUCCAAGGAAUUGUUCAUCAUCCAGCUACAUAUAAUAAUGGUGCUCAUCAUGUUCAAUUACAUCAACAAAGAUUUCCAUACAACAAUGUUGAUUUGGGCCAAGGAAGAAGAAGAAAGGAACAAAGUGAUCAAUUUGUGAGUCCAAUUUGUUGUGGUAGACAUGUACGAGGAAGGGGAAUUGGGCCAAUUAUUACUACUUCAAGUUCUUCGGCUGGCCCAAUUAUUAGACAUGGUCCAAUAAUAUCAAGUUGUAGAUCUGGUUCUUUUGUUGACUCGAGUAUUGCUAAUGGUACAAGGACAAUGGUGAAUCCUAGUGUUAAUGGAAGACAUGUUGAAGAUGGAAGAAAUCAAAGAGCAGAAGAUGUUGCAACAGUUCUACAAGACUUCACUAACUAUAACCCCAACGAUUUACCAGGUGAACAUACGCAACCAGACUUGGAGAGUACUAGAGAUGAUUCAAUCUCCAAAAGAGUAUAGCACAUUAGAUAUGUAUUAUGCUUUUGAUUAACUUCUUAAAUUUGUUAUAUCACUAAAUUAGGAAUCAUAAUUAUCUCUUUUAAUUCUUAAAAUCUGCUAUAUACAUCUAACAAAACUUUUAUUUUUGUAAUAUUGAAAAAAUAUCA